GAUUUCACAAAGAAGAUACUCUAAAUAGGUUUCUCACAUUGCGCGCACCCAAGUACGUGCGCGCUUCGCACGCCGUCAGUAAUUUAACCCGGACGUGAAGCCGCUCCAUUGAAAAAUAUCAGAGACUGUGAAAGAGGCUACUUUCAAAAAAAGAUCAUUUUCUGGACCUGACAGAGCAUUUUACUGUAAAUUUAAAACCCAUAUACCCACACAACAUAGUCAGCAAGGCUGAGAACUUUUCUGACGCAGAGAGAGAGCGAGAGAGCACGACUGCCACGUGACCGCUAUGUCUGCCUGAUCACUGAUGGGUUGUAAUACAUCUGAAUUGGAUGGCUCACUGAACAUCUCCUCAACAAUUUGUCAGCAUUACCUCCAUGUUCUCUGAGUUACGCUGAACACGAGUGUGUGCCUGGAUCCUGGCGGCGGCUGUAAAAUAUACAUGUGUGUGCAUGUAUUUGCCUUUGACGGAGUAAUCUUGAGUGUGCAUUUGUUGGCGUCAUCCUGCAGCGGCUGGCGUAGUGCACCUUCCCCAACCCCACCCCAACGCUCAAAACUGGCAAUGUCCAGGGUGCCGAGUCCGCCCCCUCCUGCAGAAAUGACCAGCGGUCCUGUGGCCGAAAGCUGGUGUUACACACAGAUCAAAGUGGUUAAGUUCUCCUAUAUGUGGACCAUCAACAACUUCAGCUUCUGUCGGGAGGAGAUGGGUGAGGUCAUCAAAAGCUCCACCUUCUCCUCGGGGGCCAAUGACAAGCUCAAAUGGUGUUUGCGAGUGAAUCCUAAAGGUCUUGAUGAAGAGAGUAAAGAUUAUCUGUCACUCUAUCUGCUCUUGGUCAGCUGUCCUAAAAGUGAAGUUCGUGCCAAGUUCAAGUUCUCCAUCCUUAAUGCCAAGGGAGAGGAAACCAAAGCCAUGGAGAGUCAACGGGCAUAUCGGUUCGUACAGGGAAAAGACUGGGGUUUCAAGAAGUUCAUAAGGCGGGACUUCCUCCUUGAUGAGGCCAAUGGGCUGUUACCUGAUGACAAAUUGACGCUCUUCUGUGAGGUGAGUGUGGUGCAGGACUCUGUGAAUAUCUCUGGGCAGAACACCAUGAACAUGGUGAAGGUUCCGGACUGCCGGCUGGCCGAUGAACUGGGUGGAUUGUGGGAACAUUCUAGAUUCACAGACUGCUCGCUGUGUGUCGCUGGGCAGGAGUUCCAGGCACACAAAGCCAUACUAGCAGCACGUUCCCCAGUUUUCAGCGCCAUGUUCGAACAUGAGAUGGAGGAGAGUAAAAAGAAUAGAGUGGAGAUCAAUGAUGUGGAGGCUGAGGUCUUCAAAGAGAUGAUGUUCUUCAUCUACACUGGAAAAGCACCCAACCUGGACAAGAUGGCCGACGACCUGCUUGCUGCUGCUGACAAGUAUGCUUUAGAGCGACUGAAAGUGAUGUGUGAAGACGCUCUUUGCACCAGUCUGUCUGUGGAAAAUGCAGCGGAGAUUCUGAUCUUGGCCGACCUGCACAGCGCUGACCAGCUCAAGACGCAGGCCGUCGACUUCAUCAACUACCAUGCGUCAGACGUGAUGGAGACCUCGGGCUGGAAGUCCAUGGUGGCGUCUCAUCCCCAUCUGGUUGCUGAGGCUUACCGCUCCCUGGCCUCUGCCCAGUGCCCUUUCCUGGGCCCUCCUCGCAAACGCCUUAAACAGUCUUAGUGUUGUCCCUUACCGUAACCCAACCCCCACACCUACACACACUCACACAACUGCCUAAAAGGGGGUGCUAUUUUAGAUUUACAUACCCCAAGCUUUGUCCCUUUAGAUGCCUAAAACCAGCUCUUGAUCUGCCCCUCCCUUCCACGUUAUCCAGACAGACGCCUCCAAGGACCCUCUUGUUGCAGGGUUUCCUUACUAUCAGGAAAUGUGGAGACUGCAGCAUGGUAAACCCUCUACAAAACUUGGCCAGCCUCUGCACCAAACCAGCUGCCUGUCCAGAAGAGAAAUGGAUUUGUUUCUGUGGGACUGUUUUGGGUUUAUUAGCAUGGGCAGAUUAAUCAAAUUUGAGAACCAUAUAGGACUGAAGCGUUUGGUUGGGCAGGUAAACGUGAGAUUGUGGACUUAUUUUUUACACAACCCCUUCUGCUGGCACCACCAUGUGCCGUCCUUCACUGAACCAGUUCUUCAUCUCUGCUUCAUCCUUUCUUCAAAAGUGGUCUGUCGAUAGACAUUCCCCCUAACAGUUAUGGAUUGGGGGAUUUUCAUGGAGUGAAAGAAUUGAGAACAAACUCCAUUAUUGUCACAAAAUAACUUUUUAAUUGGUAGCAUGUGUCCUCAUAAUGAUGACAUUAGCAUUGAGUAGAUUCCUUUGUGACUUUAUGACUCCUGUAAGAUGACAAACAGCUUUUUCCAGAACUGUCCUCUGUUUCUUGAGAAAGCCAAACAUAAAACUUGCCACCUUGUUGAACUUUAACCCAAGAGCUAUCCUGGCUUCUUAAUCGAUGUUUUGGUCUUCUAUUACAGGACAAAUGAAUGGACAGGUCCGGUGAGUUUACAAAUGGGGAAAAGCUCAUGGAACUUUUUUUAUUUUUAAUUUUCCUUGUGAUGUUUAUUUGAGAUUUGUUUCCUCCUUGUAGCAUUGUGUAUUUGAAUCCAGGCUUUCUAUAUGAAAGAAAAUGCAAAACCAACUUGUGUGUUUUUGAGUUCUUUUGUUCUUUAACAGACACAACAUAGUGUUUGUUUUUCAGUCAUAUCUUAACGGUGAUCCUGCUUUCUGCUGAUUACAUUUUUCUCUUUGGUCUCAGUCAUGGAUAAAACAAAUCUGGAGCUCUCUCUGAAACAAAGAAUCAGCUUUUACAUAAAAGAAAGAAAGAUAAAUAAAAGACCAUCCAUCAGACAGCAUAGAGGACACUCUUUGUUUCUGUAAUAAGGUAAUGUAGGUAUUUUAUACAGUCAUAAUCUUGUUUAUAAAUAAAUAAAAAUGCUGAAAAUCACACAAUAAUUGACGCAAAUCCUCAAAAAUUUGGAGAAAAUAAACCAUAAGAUAAAUUUCUCAAAACCUAAGGAUAGACGGAGUGUAUACUACAUGCAGACAGAAAGAAACAAAUCAAUAUGUUAUAAAUACUUGUAUUUGAAAGACCUUUCUAAUUUACAGUGAAAUGAAAAUAAUGUUACUGAUAAACUAAAGUAUUUCUCAAAAUCAUUGACUUCAGGAGGCGUGUGGUUUAUAAAUUUGAUGUAAAUUUUACUGAUUAGUGCUCCAGACAAUAUAGUACAGGGCUUGUCUUUAGGCUCUUCAGAAUAGAAGUAUAUACUGUUUAAUGUGUGCAGUGUGUUUCUUUGUGUCAAACAUUCGCCAAAGUAUGCAGAAACAAAAAACACUUGAGUACUGUAUACCGCACUGAAGAAAAACAAACAGUAGUUUUCUGGCAGCAGGGGUGCUGGAAAAUGUCUGUUGAAAAACAGAAAAGUACCGUCGUAUUAAAAACAGAUAAACUGAAGACAAAAACACACAACAGUAAUUAGCUUUACCUUAAUUAACAUCUAUAACUGUAAUUUUAAAGAAAGCUUCCUAUAAUUCCAUGAAAUCUCUUACUUUUAACAUACAUUAAUUGCACAAACACAAACAUUACAAACUAAUACUGUAAAUCUAAGACCAUUUACAUAUAAAACACACAAAAAUAAAAUGUAAUUUUACUUUGUGAAAGCCCAGGUUUAAAUGAACUGUCAUAAGUGUUGUUUUUUUUUUUAU